AUGGCUCUGCUUGGAUACGGCAAAAAUCCGGAAACCGCUGAAUGGAUGUGUGGGGGCAGCAUCAUCACCAAGAAAUUCAUAUUAACGGCUGCGCACUGCAUUUCCAGUCCUUCUUUGGGCGUCGUAAAGUACGCAGCGCUCGGCAUCCUGAGACGGUCUGAUCGAAAAAAAUGGCACGUUUACGAUAUAGCAAAUAUUAUCAAACAUCCGAAGUAUAGGGCACCAAUCAAGUACCAUGACAUAGCGCUAUUGGAGACUGGAAGGGACAUCGUCUUUAAUGGUGAGGUCCUUCCGGCCUGUCUGCUCAAAGAUCCUCGAUUGGAAACCGAGGUAGCCACUGCAACGGGAUGGGGUAAAACGGGACACAGAAAACCUGUGUCUGAAAUACUACAAAUGGUAUUAGUCGUGAAAUUAUCCGACGAUAAAUGCAGGAAGGAGUAUCCAGUGCACAGACAUCUGUUUAAAGGCUACGACUCAACCACACAGCUCUGUUACGGCGGCGUCGAUCAAGGGAUUACCGACACAUGUGAGUGUCAGUUUCAGUCCUCCACGGGUGGGGGUACCCGAGUUCCCCCUCGGGUUUGUCAUGCAACUGUGGAUCAGGAACGUCGAUGUGGCUUUGGGGUGCCACUGCACUAUAUGGAUUGGCCUCGUUUGGAUCGACAACCUCAAUAUGCAAGUCAGGUUAGUGUAGGUUCCCCUUCGGGUGAAAAGGUAACCGCACGUGCAUUGCUGGAUUCGGGUGCUCAGGGAUGUAUAGCGUCGACAUGGCUGGUGGAGCGUUUGCGGUUGCGUGUGGAAUCGGGUGGAAAUUAUAUUCGUGGCGUAGGAGGAAGGGGUCAAGUAAGGCUGGCGGAUAGAAAAAAUGUACUAGAUCUUCGAUCGGUGACCAGUAUAGUGACCCCUACGCUCUUCGCUUCGGUAAAACCUCUUCAUAAGUUUUGGAAGCCUGGUACCUCUGCUCCGAGUGAACCAUCCAAUAUGUCUCAUCAGCGCUCCCCCCCACCUACCUCACCCGCUCCCGCGACCGGCCCCACGCUCUAUGAGGUAUGUGCUCCUGAAAUAUGUGAAUCGGAUACUGCAUCUGAGAGAAGCUGUAGCAGAAAUGUCAGCGUUAGAAAUAAACGUAGACAUGGUGAUGAUGACAUCAAGGAACUCAAGGGGUUGAUCUCGUCUCUGACAUCUAAGGUAGACCAAAGCUUUCUGGAACUCAAACAGAAAAAUACAGAACUUAAAGAAAGUCUACAGUUUAUGUCAGACAAAUAUGAUUUAAUUCUCAAAACACUUCAAAACCUACAGGAAGAGAGAGCAGACGAUAAGAAGACCAUUCAAAAAUUAGAAGAAAAGAUUGAAUUCCUUGAGCGUAAAAAUAGGUCGACUAGCUUGGAGAUAAGAAAUAUACCAAUCUGCUUGCAAGAUGACAAGAAAUUCGAGUCGAAAGAAGAUGCAAGUUUGAUAGUAAAAACCUUGGCGAAAGCUGUCGAGGUAGAUAUCCAAGACUGUGACAUAAAAGAUAUAUACAGAAUCCAAACAAACAGAGAAGGCAGUAAACCCAUUAUAGUUGAACUGAACAGUGUCCUAAAAAAGGACAAAAUAGUGCUGGGGGUCAAGAAUUACAAUAGGAAGAAACCAAAUGAAGAUAAAUUAAAUACUAGACACCUCAAUAUACCCGGACCUGUCAAACCUGUGUACAUAUCAGAAGCCCUAACACCUAACGCGCAGAAACUAUUCUAUGCAGCUCGACAGUUUGCAAGGGAAAAUGGGUACAUGUACUGCUGGACCUCCCAUGGGUCUGUAUUCCUGCGUAAAGCUGAAGGUUUAGUAUUACACUAA